GUUGGGUUCAGCACCUUUAUAUUUCUCUAUUUUUUCCUGUUUCUUCGUCUGAUCUAAUCUCUCCUUGGCUUCUUCUGCUUCUCUCUUCUCUCGAUUUUUGUUAAAUGGAGAAGGUCAGAGAAGCAGCUCAUGCCGGAUCUUGGUAUAUCAAAGAUCCCAUCAAACUGGGACAAGAUCUUGACGAAUGGCUUAGGGCAACUGGCCUUGCUAAGUGUCCAGAUGUAAGAGGCGUGAUUGCCCCGCAUGCUGGUUACUCGUACUCAGGUCGUUGUGCAGCAUAUGCAUUUGCUAACAUAGAUCCAGCUCAAAUUUCUCGGGUGUUCCUUCUCGGUCCAUCACACCAUUAUUACACUCCAAAGUGUGCCCUUUCAAAAGCCACCACUUACAAGACACCUCUUGGGGACCUGCCAAUUGACUUGGAAGUCAAUGAAGAGCUGUGGGGAACGGGAAAGUUUGAACUUAUGGAUCUUGAGGUAGAUGAGGCAGAACAUAGCAUGGAGAUGCACUUGCCUUAUCUUGCCAAAGUAUUUCAUGGUACGCCAGUAAAAAUCGUACCCAUUUUGGUUGGGGCUCUUAAUUCAGAAAAUGAAGCUAUGUAUGGACGGUUGCUAGCCAAAUACGUGGAUGAUCCACAGAAUUUCUUUUCUGUGUCAUCAGACUUCUGCCAUUGGGGUACACGGUUCAAUUACUUACACUAUGAGAAGAAAUAUGGGGAAAUCUACAAGUCGAUUGAAGCCCUGGAUCGGAUGGGCAUGGAAAUCAUAGAGACGGGAGAUGCAGAUGCCUUCAAAAAGUAUCUAUCGAAAUUCGAAAACACCAUCUGUGGGCGACAUCCCAUAAGCGUUUUCCUCCAUAUGCAGAGGAACUGUUCGACGAAAAUAAAGAUCAAUUUCGUACGAUAUGAACAGUCAAGCAAAUGCAAAAGCACUAGGGAUAGCAGUGUUAGUUACGCAUCUGCAGCAGCAAAGGUGGACCCUUGAAGCCGAAGAUCCCAUCCAGAUGUACAAAAAAUGUGGGUCCAGUAUUCUAACUUUUAUUUGCUAAAUUAACUGCUUGCCUUUGUUUCAAAGAAACCCCAUUUGAAAAUGGGCCACUGCAUGAUGGACGUAAGUUAUGACGCACCUGGACAGGAUACUUCCAUUCAUGCAGAUGUAUGUUCCUUUCAUCAUCGUUGUUCAUACUGAUUUCCCACUCAAUUCAAACCUACAAUCAGACACUUGUGAACA